GAAAGAAACCGUGUUUGACCUUGUAAAAAACACAAUCACCCAAUCUCAUUCUUUCAUUGCCAUCAACACAGACUCUUCCACGCAAAACAGAGGACAAAGUUGAAUUCAAAAGCAGAGACUUGUUCAUAUUCCAUCAAGAACCUCACUAUCACUAUCACAUAUUCAAAUUCUCUUUAAAACCAAAUCCCAUUUGCUCACAUCGCACACAAAUACCAAAAACCGUUCAUGGCGGAUAUAGUAAAACAUAUUCUUUCCAAGCCGAUUCAGCUGGCGGACCAGGUCACCAAGGCCGCCGACGAGGCAAGUUCCUUCAAGCAGGAAUGCUCCGAGCUCAAGUCCAAGACGGACAAGCUGGCAGCGCUGCUCCGUCAGGCGGCGCGUGCCAGCUCCGAUCUAUACGAGCGACCCACGCGCCGGAUCGUGGAGGAAGCCGAGCACGCGCUCGACAGGGCUCUUUCUCUUGUCCUCAAGUGCCGCUCCAACGGUCUUGUAAAGCGCGUCUUCACCAUCAUCCCUGGCGGCGCGUUCAGGAAAACCGCCGUCCUUCUUGAAAACUCCGUUGGAGACGUCUCCUGGCUCCUCCGCGUCAUCUCCGGCGCCGACGGCGACGACGAGUACCUCGGGCUCCCUCCGAUCGCCGCGAACGAGCCCAUCCUCUGCCUCAUAUGGGAACAGAUCGCAAUCCUCUGCACAGCUUCCCCGGAGGAGCGGUCCGACGCGGCAGCAUCUCUGUCGUCGUUAGCCACCGGCAACCAGCGAUACGGAAGAUUGAUCAUCGAGGAAGGAGGAGUGAGUCCGUUGUUGAAGCUCUUAAAGGAAGGAAAAGCCGAGGGGCAGGAGAACGCGGCACGCGCCAUAGGGCUGUUGGCGCGUGAUGCAGAGAGCGUGGAGCAUAUGGUACAUUGUGGCGCGUGUUCUGUAUUCGCUCAAGUGCUUAAAGAAGGUGCUAUGAAGGUUCAAAGCGUGGUGGCUUGGGCUGUGUCUGAAAUGAGCGCUCAUUACCCCAAAUGCCAGGACAUGUUCUUGCAACAUAACAUCAUAAGAUUACUUGUUGCUCACCUUGCCUUUGAAACUGUUCAAGAACACAGUAAGUACUCCAUUGUUAGCCUCAAACCAACUUCGAUUCAUGCUGUUGUUUUGGCCACUCAUCAUGAUCAUCAUAAUCAAUCUAGAAAUCAGCUUCAUAGGGUUGUUACUACUACCAUGGCUAUGCAUGCUGCUAAUCAGAAAUUGGAGAAUCAUCAUCAUUCAUAUUCCGGGAUUAACAUGAAGGGGAGGGAUCUUGAAGAUCCUCAGACCAAGGCCAAGAUGAAGGAGAUGGCGGCCAGGGCGCUCUGGCAUUUGGCCAAGGGAAACUCUGCCAUUUGUCGCAACAUCACGGAAUCUAGAGCGUUGCUUUGUUUUGCUGUUUUGCUCCAGAGGGGUCCUGAGGCUGUGCAGUACAACUCUGCCAUGGCCGUGAUGGAGAUCGCGGCCGUGGCAGAGAAAGAUCCUGAAUUGAGGAGGUCUGCAUUCAAGCCAAACUCCCCUGCCUGCAAGGCUGUGGUGGAUGAAGUUCUUAAGAUCAUCGAGAAAGGGGAUUCGGAUCUCUUGAUUCCUUGCAUUAAGGUUGUUGGGAGUCUGGCAAGGACUUUCCGGGCCACCGAGACAAGGAUGAUCAGUCCCUUGGUCAAACUGCUUGAUGAAACAGAGGCAGAGGUGACAAGAGAGACAUUGAUUGCGCUGACCAAAUUCGCCUGCUCGGAGAAUUACCUCCACCUGGAUCACUCUAAGGCCAUCAUAGGCGCAGGAGGGGCCAAACACCUCAUUCAGCUUGUGUAUUUCGGAGACCAGAUGCUUCAGAUUCCGGCCUUGCUUCUGCUCUCUUACAUUGCAUUGCACGUCCCUGACAGCCAAGACCUUGCACAGGCCCAGGUUCUGGGAGUUCUUGAAUGGGCAUCAAAGCAAUCUUCUAUGGCCUUAGAUCAAACCCUUGAGGAAUUGUUGCACGAAUCCAAGAGUAGGUUGGAGCUCUAUCAGUCUAGAGGAGGCUUAAUGCCUUUCCAUAACCAUAAGUUGCAUCAAUAACUAAUACACUCCCUGACUCCCUCAUUCUAAUUUGUAAAGAUUGUUUUCACUUGUUAAUUAUUCAGUGAAGAUUAUGUGUAGUUGUAUUCAUGUGAAGUUAAUAAUUGAAAAUCAUUAGAUGAUGAUUUAGACAAACUUAUCAAAUUAUCUAAUGAUUCUUAAAUAUCAAACUUCACGUGAAGAUAAGUACACAUGAGCUUUCACCUCAUUAUUUGUUACAUUGAGAGUGAGACCUGAACUCGCUCUUCAAGUCUUCAACACAAGCUAGUUGAAAAGUGAUUGCUGCCUUUUUGAACAAUGAACAUACAUAUACAUAUGUUCCUUGUUCAAGUUGACCU